GGAGUGGUGAUUGAGCGCAAAAGGGGGCAGGACUUUUUCUCUCCGGGUCCUAUUAAGAGCAAACUUUGUGUUUUUGUUCUCCAAGUUCAGCUCAGUGCGCUCCAGCCUGCACACAGCUCCUCUCUGCUGCUCUUUUUCUUUUUCCGUUUUUUCUUUCUCCUUCUUCUUCUUCUUCAAUGGUUUUGUUUGCUCGCCUCUUGGUUUCUCCUGCGCGUGUUUUCAUGGGGGAUUUGGACACCGGGAGGAUGCGCUUUUUGUUGGAACACAUACCCAAAGUUGUCUCUUCGGCUAUUUCGGGGUUCUUUUAGUGGAUACAUACAUAGAUGUUCCUCGGGUUGGAAUGAACAAUGGUGCGGCUCCUUGGUGCUCUGACCGAGGUCAUGCUUUGGUUUCGGCUUCUGUUGUUGUGCGUCGUGGAGUUGGAGCUUGGAGCCGGGCUUUCUACUUUCCAGGGUUUCUAUCUUCCACCUGCGAACGGGUCGCUUCUCACACCUGCCCGGAGGACAGACGGGGUCGUGCGGACCAUUGACCGGAUUUAUCACGGAGGAGGAAAGGUGGGCUACCUGGUGUACCUGGAUGGGAGCCGGUUUCAGCUGGACAUGGAGAGGGAUGAGUCGGUGCUGUCGCAUCAUUUCAGCCCCCAGUAUGUGCUCGCUAUGAUGGGGGACAGCUCCGCGCCUUUACAGCGGGAGUGCGCGUACCGAGGGACAGUGGACUCCAACCCGGAGUCCCUGGCGGUCUUGAACCUCUGCGGAGGGGGUCUCGAGGGCUUCUUCGCCGUGAGCCACACACGCUACACCAUCACACCUAUCAUCAGGGCGAAGGGACACGAGCACGACGUGCGCGCCCUGCAGGACAAGGACGCGGAGAGCGCGCUCCACGUGUUCACGCGCGAGAGUUUCAGCUUCGAGGCGAUGCGCGAAGGGCGCGAGAGCUGCGGGACACGCGACGGGCGCAGAGGACGCAGGGAUGCGGCGGGGAAACGCCGGCACAGAGGCCGAGGGAAGGGGAGACGGGACAGAGUGGGACUCGCAGCGGAGGGCGCAGACGAGCAUGGCGCACACGGGCGCAAAUGGUGGAGCCAACUCGCCAAAGCUGCUGCUGCUGCUCCGGAGCACGGCGCGCGGCGCAAGAGGUCGGUAUCACGCGCCAGACACGUGGAGCUGCUCCUGGUGGCAGACGACACCAUGACCAAGAAAUACGGCAAGGACUUGAACCACUACCUGCUCACACUGGCUUCCAUCGCAUCCAAGCUGUAUGGGCACGCCAGCAUCGAGAACCCUAUCCGGCUGUCGGUGGUGAAAGUGACCACGGUGACCGAGAAGGAGAAGGGACUGGAGGUGUCCAAGAACGCGGCUGCGACGCUGAAGAGCUUCUGCAAGUGGCAGAACCAACAAAACCCGCUGGAUGACGACCACCAGCACCACCACGACGCCGCCAUCCUCUUCACCAGGCAGGACCUCUGCGGCCACCACUCCUGCGACACCCUGGGCAUGGCGGACGUCGGCACCAUCUGCUCUCCGGAGAGAAGCUGCGCCGUCAUCGAAGACGAUGGUCUUCACGCUGCGUUUACCGUUGCUCAUGAGAUAGGUCACCUGCUCGGCUUGUCCCACGACGACUCCAAGUUCUGCGAGGAGCGCUUCGGAGUUAACAGCGACAAGCGGCUCAUGUCGUCCAUCCUCACCUCCAUCGACGCCUCCAAACCGUGGAGCCGCUGCACCUCGGCCACCAUCACCGACUUCUUUGACGAUGGCAACGCCGAAUGUCUCCUAGACUCUCCUCGCCAGCCCCUGCUGGGCCCCGAAGAGCUCCCGGGGCAGAGCUACGACGCCGUCCGCCAGUGUCGCCUGGCCUUCGGCCCCGAGUACACGGUCUGCCCGGGCAUGGACGUGUGUUCUCGACUUUGGUGCGCCGUCAUUCGCCAGGGACAGAUGGUGUGUCUGACCAAGAAGCUGCCAGCUGUGGAGGGGACGCCGUGCGGGAAGGGACGCAUCUGCCUGCAGGGGAAGUGCGUGGACAAGACCCGCAAGAGGCACUACUCGGCGUCCAACCACGGCAGCUGGAGCUCCUGGGGUCCUUGGGGUGCGUGCUCCAGAACUUGCGGAGGCGGCGUGCAGUUCGCCCAACGUCUGUGCAACAACCCGCCGCCACGGAACAACGGGCGUUACUGCACGGGCAAGAGAGCCAUCUAUCGGUCCUGCAACGUCACACCGUGUCCACCAUCAAAUAAGAGUUUCCGUCAGGAGCAAUGUGAGGUGCGCAACGGUCCCCAGACAGAUCCUAAAGGGGUGAAGACAUUUGUUGAGUGGGUGCCUAAGUACGCAGGAGUCCUCCCUAAAGAUGUGUGCAAGUUAACCUGCCGAGCAAAAGGAACAGGAUACUACGUGGUGUUCUCUCAGAGGGUGGUAGACGGGACAGAGUGUCGUCCUUACAGCAGCUCGGUGUGCGUGAAAGGGAAAUGUGUACGGACGGGCUGCGAUGGCAUCAUCGGCUCCAAGCUCCAGUUUGACAAGUGUGGUAUAUGUGGAGGCGACAGCACGGGAUGUAUACGUGUUGUGGGCAACUUCACCAAGAAGAGUAAGGGCUACACUGAUGUGGUGAAGGUCCCUGCAGGCUCCACCCACCUCAAGGUACGUCAGCACAAGGCCAAAGACCAGACCCGUUACACCGCCUACCUGGCCCUCCGACGGGCCAGUGGAGAGUACCUCCUCAACGGCAAGUUCAUGAUCUCCACCUCCGAGACAAUCAUCCCACUCAAUGGCUCUGUGCUCAACUACAGUGGCUGGAGCCAAAGGGAUGAGUGGCUUCACAGCAUGGGUCCCGGGGCCCUCCAAGAAGCUUUGAUGAUCCAGAUUUUAGCGACAGAUGUUAAAAAGCCCUUGGAUGUUCGUUAUAGUUUUUUCAUGCCCCGCCGGACAGCCCCUCAACAGCCGUCAGCUCCGAUCAUCCCCAACCCAAAGCCAACCCCUGUGCGCAGCACCACAACAAUCUCAACCACAACGAGAACCACCACCACCACCACCAGUAGUACCACUACAUCUUCCUCCGCUCCCCCUUUCCUGAUCCCAGGACGACCUACAGCUCCAGGUCCCUCCACCCCACCCCCAGGGCCUCAGUGGGUAACAGGGUCCUGGAUGACGUGCUCCAGAACUUGUGACACUGGCUGGCAGAGCCGGACAGUCCAAUGUAAGGACCGGGAUGGGAAACUGUCCAAGGGCUGCGUGCUAGGCUCCCGCCCCUCCGCCUUCAAACACUGUCUGGUGAAGAAAUGUUGAGGCGGCACGAGAGGAAAAAAAUAUUCCUAAGACAAGAUACAAUUUGUAGGAAGAAGUUUUAAUUUGUACAUCUGAUAAAGUCUCAAGUGCUGGAUGUAGGACUAUGGACCAAUGAAUUUAAAACAUAGAACCUUAAUCAGGACUGUGAAUGUUGGCUAAAAGCCUGGACCAAACCCACAGAGACUCAGAGACAGAUUGGCAUGGAUGUACCUGACUAUAUGCCAGAGGAAUGUCCUGAAAUAUAGUAGCCAUGCAGAGCACAAGUAGGACGGAGGACAGUUUCCGUAUGAUAAUGACAAGUAUGGCCCUGGCAUAGCUAAGGACUUAAAUUGCAUGUCAUUUCCACGUGGACAGUAACUGAUUGUCUUUACGUCUGUGUCGCCGUGUAAUGGCAUGCGUGUUGUGUUGUUUUUGUUUUUUAUGCUAUUCCAUGUGUUGUAAUCACUGUGGGGAUUUGAAAGUUGCAUCCCCUUUGUCUUUUGUGUCCGAGACAAGAGCCCCUACGAUGGGAAGCACUCGUAGUCGUCAUUUCCGUCUGCAGGGUAGCCCUGUUCCAUGACUGUGAUACUGUGUUGCACAGUCCUGGAUCUCCCAUAACUUGGACAUUUGAGUGACUGGCGGCUCAGAAGAAUGUUGUAAAAAAAAAAUACAUACUCACUAAAUGUAAGCUGUGCUAAAGAAAAAGCUUAAUUUACUUCCAGUUUAGAACAAUGCAAAACCAUAUUUUCCGUUAAGCUACUUGAGUGUAUCUCGGUAGCAGUGCUAUCACUGGUGCUGGAGUCUCUCAGUGACUGAAAUGUCCAGGUUACAGGAUGUAAAUACCUAUGACAGUCCUGGAUCAGGGUUACCCAUAUCCCCUGACAAUAAGCGUUCUUUAUUUGACUCAUCUGUCCAGCUGAAAACCAGAAAAGAAUACAAGGAGAAGGGAAGACUGAGUUUUCUCAUUGUGACAACCAAUAGGUCGAAACCAUUCAAAGCAACGGUGACUUUCACGACCAGCGAUGAACCGUUGCAUCAGAUCCAUGCGGUCUAUGUGCAGGUUCUUCAGAAGUUGAGGAUACAUUUCUUACUUCUUGAGUAUCAAUCGUACUGAAACUGAUAAUCACCUGUACAGCGUAGAAACAGCAGCGUGGUGUGACGGGAGCACGACAAACUUUUCAACAGUUAAAACUGACAAAGGGGCAAAGUGACCACGACACUCCUUAACAUUUAUGGAGGUUAACAAUGACUCACAGGUUUGGAGUGAUGCUUGAUUUUUUUUUUUUUCAUGUGUAUGUGUGUGUGUGUGUGUGUUUAUGUGCAUGUUAUGUGCUAGCACAUACAUGUAGCCAGGCCUGUGUUUUAAGAUCAUGCAGUAUGUACCAGGAACAUGUAUUUUUGUCCUUUACUGCAUCUUGAAGCUUCUUCACUCUCAGUCUUGUUUGUAUCAAUCAUUAAGCUGGUGCUUUCGGAGGAGGUUUUGUUUGUUUGUCUGUUUAGGAAGCAAUGCUAAUAUGACAAUGUGUGCCCUGGAUACUCGCAACAACCGCAAGGGAGAUACUAAUGCAGUCAUGUCCUUUUGCAAUUCAACUCGUGCUUUAUUUUUCAUCACUCAUUCUCUAUUUUACUACUUUACAUCCCGCAUUUCAAAAUGAUUGUUUGGACCUGUUUCUAGCACUGAUGGGUGGGGUUUGCCACAUUACAACAAAUCAAGGGUUUUCCUCUUACAUCCAGUGGAAUCUAGCCAUGCAGAUACUUGUGGUUUCAUUCGUCCAAAUUUUAAGAUAUCAAUCUGGUGCCUCCAGCCCAACAGUACAAAUGGUUUAGCUUUAAAAAAAUAUAUUGAAUUUUCAGCAUAAACUUGUCAUACCAGAAACAAUUCCUCUGUUACUUCAGACAAUCCGCAGACCUCACUGCCAGCAAUUUCCUUGGAACAAAUUUCUACCAAAGAAAGAGUCCCUAUUACUUCUUGGUGGAGUCUGCAAAGUAAGGUUGCUGCUAUUGUAAAGAAAUACACUUUUCCUUGCAGAGAGAAGCAGGUGAGAAGAUUUAUACAACUUCCAUGGAUGUCCUUGAAGUAUGAAGCCAGGAAAUGGCUCGCGUAAUUAGGCAUAAAGACUGGAAGCAAGUGGAAACCACGAGCCUGACUCUGUCCAAAGAUUAAAAAAUAUGCCUGACAACACCUCAAGUUCACUGAUUAACACGUUACAUCUUGUUUUACAUCUUACAUAUGUGAGUAUGGUAUCAAUCUUCUCAUCUAACUCUCAAGAAAGUUGUUGUAUUAAACUAAGCAAUCUGCACGAGACACCACUAGGUUGAAGUGAGGAAACCUUACCCUUUAAAAUCCCCUCACCAAAUCUCACAGUAUCAAGCUUUAACUCAUUCUUUUGCUCACCUCAACUCAAUAACCUCAACUCUCUUGAAUGGUAAUCAUCAAAGUGACGUUGAUUACACACCUAGUGGACUCUUUAAAAUACCUUCCUGUAAUUGUGUUGAACUUUUCUGGCACCUGUUGCAUGUUCCUGUGUGGCAAACCUCACCCGUCUGGCAUCCGUGCAGGAGAAAACAAAGCACGACCUGCAUCAACAUACCACUCGCAACAUGUUCUCUCUUCUUCCCCUCACACACUCAGAUUUAUUUACAUUAUGUAGACAUUUUUGUACAAUGAAUAGAUCAUAUAUGUGUAUUCAACCAUAUUUACACAGAAAUGUACACGUAAAGACACACCAUCAUUUCCACGGUAUUUAUGUAUUUCAGAAAGCCUCACACACACACUUCAUACACACACUCAACGUACUCUGACUCCUCGCUGAACGACAGAAACACAGCACUGAACUUGUAAUUUAUUGUUUGUACAACUGGUAUGUGUGAAUAAAAAAACAAUGAGAUGAG